UAGAUGGGGAUAGAACAUAGAAGUUUGAAGUUCUUAUACAUAUUAUUACUCAUUUGAAGCCGGCAUGUCUAAUAUAAAUCAGUCAAGUGAAAAUGAAAAUUUCGAAGAACAACAAAAGAAAAAGAAUUUAAAUGAUAACACAACAAGUAUAAAAUUAUUACCACUUGAAAAAAGUAGAACCACAGACAAAACAUUCAAAAAGUCUGUGAAAAGUGCUGUGCCCAAAAAUAGGCAAGAAGUUUUGAAAUGGAAUGGUUGGGGAUAUAAGGAUUCCAAGUUUGUUUAUAAAGAUGGUGCAAUAUGUUUUACUGGUAACAGAUAUCCAAUUGGUGAAUUAGUUUUACCGUAUUUCACAGAAUGGGCAGAAACAAAAUUGAACAUCAAUUUUUCGAAGAAACGAAAUGCACAACCAUUACCAUCUCCCGAUAAAUAUCCAAAACCAAAAAUUAGCGAUGAAGUAUUGGAAAAAUUUAAACAAGUUGGUUUAUCUACAUCCAUUGAAGGUAUUGAUCGUCUUGUGCGAGCGCAUGGUCAUACUUUACACGAUAUUGCCACCUUACGAGAGUCAUUUUUCAAUCGAAUUCCUGACAUAGUCGUUUGGCCCAACGGUCACGAUCAAGUCGUCCAAAUAGUUCAUAUAGCAAAAGAACACAAUUUGGCGAUAAUACCUUUUGGUGGUGGAACAUCUGUAUCGGGAGCAGUUUCAUGUCCAUCAAACGAGGAACGUACAAUUGUAUCACUUGACACAUCACAAAUGAAUAGUUUAUUGUCAUUAGAUAAGGAAAAUUUGGUAGCUACAUUUGAAGCAGGUAUUAUUGGUCAAGAUUUAGAACGAGAACUACAUGAACAAGGAUACACAUCUGGUCAUGAACCUGAUUCAUAUGAAUUUUCUAGUCUUGGUGGUUGGGUGGCGACACGAGCUUCUGGCAUGAAAAAAAAUAUUUAUGGUAACAUAGAAGAUCUAUUAGUACAUGUCAAAAUGGUUACACCAACUGGAGUAUUACAAAAAAAUUGUCAAGUACCUCGAAUGUCAUGUGGACCGGACUUUAAUCAUAUUGUUCUUGGAUCGGAAGGAACAUUAGGUGUUAUAACUGAAGUUGCAAUUAAAAUUCGACCAUUACCCAAAUGUAAAAAGUACGGUUCAAUUGUAUUUCCAAACUUUGAGGCUGGUGUGAAAUGUAUGCGUGAAGUUGCACGACAACGGUGUCAACCAGCAUCCAUACGUUUAAUGGACAAUGAACAAUUCCAAUUUGGUCAAACGCUACGACCUGUACCUGGUUAUUUUGGAUUGGUGCUUGAUGGUCUUAAAAAAAUGUACAUUACAAAAAUUAAAGGUUUCGAUCCAAAACAUAUGUGUGUUACAACAUUACUCUUUGAAGGUGACCCGAAAGAUGUCGAAAUUCAAGAGAAGAAAAUUUAUGAGAUUGCUGCACAAAGUAAAGGUAUUCCUGCAGGUGAAACUAAUGGCGAACGUGGAUAUUGUUUAACAUUCGUCAUUGCGUAUAUCAGGGAUAUUGGUUUGGAGUAUAAUGUUGUAUCGGAAUCAUUUGAAACAUCUGUACCAUGGGAUCGAACGUUGUCCUUGUGCCGUAAUGUAAAAUUUUGUAUUGCACAAGAAUGUAAAAAGUUAAAUAUCAGUCAUUAUUUAUUGUCAUGUCGUCUGACCCAAACCUACGAUACCGGUUGUUGUAUAUAUUUCUAUUUUGGAUUUAAUUACGGUUCAUUACCAGAUCCUAUACAUUUAUAUGAGAUGUUGGAAGAGAAAGCACGUGAUGAGAUCAUUGCAUCUGGUGGAAGUAUAUCACAUCAUCAUGGUGUUGGUAAAAUGAGAAAGAAAUGGUAUCCAUCAUCGGUGUCUGCUCUAGGUGUUAGUUUGUACAGUGCUACCAAACAUUCAUUAGAUCCUGAUAAUAUAUUUUCUACUAAUAAUUUGAUACCAUCACGAUUAUAAACCUUUUGAUUUUAUCCGAUUCUGAUCCGAAGAGAUCUAAUUUAGUAUAAAUGUUGCAGUCAAUUUGCUUAAUUAGCCAUUCAAUUAACAACCUAGCCUUCUUCCUACCACAAAAUUAAUUGUUUUAAAUUUUAAAUGUCCCUAAAUUUUAAACUACAAAAAUACAGCUCUUUGAUCUAUUACGCGAACAAAGUCUGGUAGUUGAUAUCGAGUACAGCGUUGUCAGAUACUCAAUCUAACCGUAGGUCCAUCUAUAUUUUAUUAUUUGAACUAUAUCUAAUUAUGAUAUGUUUUAUUUUUGUUAUGAUUUACUUUGAGGUUACGUUAUCAAGGUAAUUAAUGUUAAAGUAAUUAAAGUAACAUUCGUCUAGCUGUUUGUUUGAAUGAUUGAAUAACGUUCAGGCUACUGGUUGAAGAAUGCCGAUUAGUAAAAAGGCUAGGCUGUUAAUUAAACAGCUAAUUAAGGUAGUGGAUUCCGAAAUAAAUGCCAUAAUAAAUGUAUAUAUGAUAUUUAAUUUAUAAAAAUACUGAGAUGUGCUUUUUCAUGAUUAAGUCAAAAGUAGCCAACUAUUAAACUAAAUUUAUUCAUCAAAUUAAUGGCAAAGCACGCAGAUGUAGACAGCACUGUAAUCUUAAAUUCAUCAGAAUAUAUACGAAGAUAUUUCUAUUACAGUGACAGGCAACUGAAUGACUCGUGCCGUUUGGGGUCUUGAAGCGAUACAUAACUUCUCUCAAAUGUACAGGUACUAGAAACAAGGCUUUUAGUUUAAGGGAUGUUGAGUCCAAAACCCUAAUUUUAUUUACUGAAAUGUACUAAUUAUGACGCGCCAUCUAAAAAUAAAUAACUAAAAUUAAACUUUAAAAAUAUUAAAUUUAAAUUUGAUAGGCUGUAGCCUCAACAGAUACCCUAAAUCAGGGAUGGCGAACCAAUGUCAUGCGAAACAAUAUUUUGGGUACGCCACCGAUCACAAAGUUCACUAUGAAGUAUUAUAGCCUCAUUAAACAUUUUUUUAGAAAAAAAAAUGGCACGUUGAUAUUAAAAGAUUCGUCAUCCUUGCUCUAAAUACAAGGGACUCGGUCCUGAUUAGUAAAAAUUUGCAUUGUACUUUAGUCUCUCUAGUCAUGUAUACAUAUAAGUAGAUGUAAGACUCGGAGGAAAAUUUUCCAGGGUAUCUGUUAUAUUGAUGAAAACCAUCAAGAAUGUUGGUAUUAACGUUUUUCAAGAAUAUACGGAAAAGGAAAAGGUUUGGUAUUUUUUGAACGAUUUUUAGUUUUUUUUAAUCAAAUUGAAAUUGAUUCAGUUUUGAGUUAGUGCCAUCAAUUAUAAAAAUAUAUUAGU